AUGCCCGCCUCUCGUUUCUACUGUGUUCUUCUUGCCGCCAACCUCAUAUCGGCACUCUCGACCGACGACGUUCUCUGGUCCAGCCCAGCUAGGGACUCGCUUUAUCACUCUGGCGACACGCUCACUGCGGUAUGGAGGCCAAGUCUGAAUAAAGGAGGUGGAUCUCCUUCAUUCAGUAUGUGUGACCAAACCGAUCAUUGCGGAGAUGCUGUGUGGCCGGCUGUAAAGAGUUCAGGCGAUGGAUUCAAAGAGGCGUCCUUCGUCGUCCCCAACAUCACAUCAGAGGCAACAUAUCAUCUCCAAAUGGAGGACGAUUUUGGAAGUACAUCAAUCUCGCCUGAGUUCACGCUGAGUCCAGCUCUGCCCACCAAGAACCAGCCGGAACCGGAAUCAUCCCUUGUAGUGCCUGUGGACGAACCGGCGCAACUACCGCUCUCCGACCUCGCCUCGUCUAAGGUUAUGCCUCAAGACGUGCCAUCAUCAGGCAUGGAAGAAUCAGACAAGGGCUUGAAUCCAUGGCUGCCCGUCCCAACUCGAGGAUCACCCUCCACAAUCGACGACACAUCCCCUGGAAUCUUUCCGACAUUUGAACACCCCUGGUUCAACGGUGCCUCCGUCUUCCCGAAAUUAUCCGGCGAUCCAGAACAACAACCGGAUGAGCCUCGCGGUCAUCUCAAUACGCAAUCUAUGGACCCAUCUUCACCCUCCGGUGGACCACCUGCCGUGAUCGGUGCAGCUGCAAUCGCGCCGCCCAUGUCUCAAGUCCACUUUCCGCCUUCUUCGGAUACAAGCCCUACCCCACCAGCACCUCAAUCGCAACUUUCUGUUCAAACGCACACCACACCGCUGCCCGUCGCCGCCAUCGCAGUACCUUUAUCAUUCGCAGCCGUCAUCGGCAUAGUUGCUUUCGCCGCGAUCGCCUACAACAGGCGCAAGGUCCUGCGGAAUGAAGCCAAGAGAGCCGCCGCAGUCACCGCCAUCAAUGGGAAUAUGAAGCUCUUGGAGGCUCGCAACACUUCCUUCUGGAGCCGUUCUUCCGUCUACUCAUGUGGCCCUUCCACCCCCACUGGUGGUGCGGAUCAUGAGAAGAUAUCGGUCCUCGGCCGGCUGGCAGCGCGAUGGGCCCCAUCUGCACCUCCUCCCAACGUGCACGAUGAAGACGCCACACAACAGCAAGACGACCAAGUUGGCGGCCUUUCAGCCCUACAAUCUCAGAAGUUUGAUGAGAUUCCGCUCAGUCCCGCUAUGCCACCACCGCUUCAUAUCCGCAACGACGCGACCGUGCACGAUAUGAGCAGGUUCACUACCAGCUCCAUCAAGUCGGGCACCUCGAUGGACAGCUCUCCAGCUGAUAUCAGGUCGGGAGGUCUUUUUGACUCCGUGUCGAGGGCUUUCAGUGCUCGCCAUCAGUGA